UCCAGGCAUUGCAAAUCGCUAUCCGUGUCCCUAUCUGACACUCUUGUCCUCCCCCGCAUGCGGAGUGGAUCGACACUACUGUCCCCCCACCAUCUGUCCUACCAUGGCGUCUCUUAAGAAGGCUCUCGAAAAAAUCCGCAACGGCGGUAGCCAGCCAAGUAGUGACACCGAGAAAGAGAAUCACAGCAGCGUGCCCAGCUCUCCGAAACGAUCCAGCACCUUCGGUUUGAGCGCGUUACAUUCGCCUCGUCAGAGCGGCACCUUCAGCGGGUCCUCCUCGCCUAGAAAUAGCGGUACCUUCCAGCGGCCAAAUCACCGAGAAAGCUUGAGGGAAAAGACGCAUAGCAGCCCGACGAGGUCCCCAGUGCGAUAUGUCAAGGAUAAGCUGCACCUUGCCGACGACUCCUCGUCCGAUGAGACCGAGCCACCCCUCAACCGGGAGGGCGAGGAGAUGAGUCGGAAUCAACAGCGGAAGGCGGAACGGGUGGCCCGAAAGGAACUCAAAAAGCAAUUGGCGGCGGCAAAAGAAGAGGAGCACGAAACCCGGCUCAAAGAAAUGGAAGAGCAAGCGAAAGUGGAAGAAACGGAAGACAUGAGGGCGCUGUAUGGGCACCUGCCCGUCAAUAACUACGCCGGUGCAUGGCAACACGAGGACCGGCUGGACUUCGAAUCCUUCGCCUCCAAGGACGUGGGAAAGGAGGUAGUUUUCCGCGCUCGCAUCCAUAACAUUCGCCACAUCAGCAACCACCUCACCUUCUUCGAACUACGCCAGCAAACCCACACCAUCCAAGGCGUCCUUCAAGAGCAAGGAAACAUCUCCAAGUAUAUGAUGUACUGGGCCAAUCACCUCGAGAUGGAGACCGUGGUGCUCGUCCGAGGCAUCCUGCAAGAACCCAAGGCUAAACAAGGCGAGAUCAUUGGCACUUCCAUCCAUGAUAUCGAAGUUGCCAUCCAUUCCAUACACGCGGAAGCCAGGAUCGCCGACCACAUGCCCUUCACCGUCCACGAAGCCGAGCUCAGCAACGCGAAGCUUCAGGAGGGCGACGACCGCAUCGUGGUCAGCGAUCGCGCUCGCAUCGCGAGCCGUAUCCUCGAUCUGCGAACCACUGCGUCCCAAAGCAUCUUCCGCAUCCAGGCAGGAAUCAGCCGGCUGUUCCGCGCGUACCUGGACUCGCAGGGCUUUGUCGAGAUUCACACACCCAAGCUGCAGGGCGGCGCGACGGAAUCGGGGGCCACAGUGUUCCGGAUCGACUAUUUCGGCCGGCCCGCGUUCCUGGCGCAGUCACCACAAUUGGCCAAACAGAUGGCCAUUGCUUCCGACUUCCGCAAGGUAUAUGAGGUCGGUCCCGUUUUCCGCGCCGAGAACAGUAAUACUCAUCGACAUAUGACCGAAUUUACCGGAUUGGAUUUGGAGAUGGCUAUUGAUGAACACUACCACGAAGUCCUGCGCAUGCUAGACAACACGUUCAAGGCUAUUUUUGAAGGUGUCUACCGCGAGUAUCGUAAUGAAAUCGAUCUCGUGAAACAGCAUUUCCCCCACGAAGACCUGAUCUGGAUCGAGGAGACACCGCGUAUCCCCUUUGCUGAAGGCAUCCGACUGUUGAAUUCGUCAGGGUGGAGGGACGACGAGGGCAAAGAGCUCCCUGAGGAUGAAGACCUGGGCACCCGAGACGAGAUUCAGUUGGGAAAGCUGGUCAAGGAGAAGUACGGCACGGAUUUCUAUAUCCUCGACAAAUUCCCCGUGGGCGCUCGACCGUUCUACGCCAUGCCGGACCCGCACAAUCCCAAAGUCACCAACUCCUUCGACAUCUUCCUCCGUGGCCAGGAAAUCCUCUCGGGCGGCCAACGUAUCCAUGAUCACAAAACGCUGAUGGCACAGCUCGAAAAGAAAGGCAUCGAUGCCGGCACUAUGACUGAAUACUUGAAUGCCUUUGCGUGGGGCGCUCCUCCACAUGGUGGAGGUGGCAUCGGGCUGGAACGGAUGCUGUUCCUCCUCCUCAACCUCGGCGAUAUUCGCCACGGAUCGCUGUUCCCUCGCGACCCCAAGAGCUUCCCCGAGAGGCCGGCAAUCAAACAAUUGAGGCACCCGGAAGCCUCCACCAUGCACCCGCCGUGGGAAGGCAGGGACAGGAUGCUGGCUGGCAUCGAAUUCCAGCCGCUGGAAGAGCUCAUCGCCAACUACGGCGAUGCCACCAACACGUCCUGGCUCGAGCCGAGAACGCACAUUUGGAGAUGCGGGCACACCGGCGCCGCCGUCGGAUACGUCCCGGUAGAUAAUUUCGCCAUCACGGUCGGCGACCCCCUGUGCCACGAAAGCCAGUACAUCAAGACCAUCUCCGGGUACCUCCGGUUCAUCAACCGCGAGACCAAGCUUAAGCCCCUAUGGGUCCUCGCCGGUGCCGCGGCCGAGGAAAUCCUCGCCACCCGCUUCAACUGGCGCACGUUCUCCGUCGUCGCCGAGCAGCGCCUCGACCCGAGCGACGUGCGCGGCCUGAAAGACAACGAAGUGGCGCGCAAGAUCCGCCGCGCUGAGAAGGAAGGCAUCAAGAUCACUGACUACGCGCUCGGAGCCAAGAUCCCCGACGAGGUGCGCCGCAAGGUCGACGAGAAAGUGCAGGUGUGGCUCGCGAACCGCAAGGGAAAGCAGGUGCACCUCACCGAGAUCCGCCCGUGGCAGGAUGUUGAGCACCGCAGCUACCAUUUCAGCUACACCAAGGACGGCGACCUCGUCUCCAUGGUCGCACUCGCCCAGCUGUCCCCUGAGCACGGCUACCAGGUCAAGUACGCGCUCGACUUCCCCAGCGCGCCGUCCGGGUCUAUCGAGAUGCUCAUCGGGCACGUGUUCAAGUUCGUGGCAGCGCAGGGUGUGAACUCGGUGACGUUCGGCGGGGGAGCAUCGAGCCACUUCACGCCGGGGCACAACAUGCGCGGCGCCAAGGUCAAGGUGCUGUCGAAGGCGUACCACGCCAUUAUGACGGAGCUGAAGCUGACGAACAAGACGGAGUUUCGGGAGAAGUUGGGGGCGAAGGAGGAGGCGAGCUGGGUGUGUUAUCCGCCGCAUGGGUUGGGGCCGAUGGGGGUGAAGGCGAUUAUGAAAUUCUUUGAGGACGAUGACUAGAGGGGUGGGUUAGAUGGUUUAUAUUGGAGCUUUUUGGUUGGGAUAUAGGUGUAGCAGUGCUCUUCGUACAUUCGGGUGCAUAUAUCUCGAGAGACCCUCCUCUUCUGUGUUUCGCUUCGGCUUUUUGGAUAGCGAAUGAUUUCACUAUA